AUGACUCGCAAGAAGAAGUCGAAGCCUGAGGGCAAGCCUGUGUCUAAUACCGCAGGUACCGAGAAUGACGGAGGUGAUUUGCAGUCUCCCAAGGAAACAGCCAUGUUCGCCGUUCCAGGAUGGUCGGUCUCAAGCGCUUCGCUGAAGCCACAGGCGGAGCCGGCGCAAAACGAGUCCCAGCCGAAGGACGCCUCAACCCCGAAUGCGCAGAACAAGAAGCGCAAGCGCAACAAUGGCAAUGACAAAGUCACGACGGGUAAUGUCGAUGAAAUGUUCCGCAAGCAUAUCGAGGGUAAGCCCGCCGGGCAGUCCAAGCAGAACAAGCAUAAGCACGACAAGAAAGCCGCGGAGAAACCCGCAUCGCAGAAGUCGACCGACAAUGCCGGAACACAAGCCAAGAGACAGGAGAAGAAAAAAGACCAGAAGCACAAGGACAGCGACAACCAGUCGAAGGUGACUGGCGAGCCCACAGAAUCCGCCGAAGCCGAUACUGCGCAGGACGAGGAGAAUUCCGCCAAGAAGCGCAAGCGAAACAGGAAGGACAAAGAAGGCGAUAGCCAGCAGAAGGUGGCUGGCGGUUCGGUGAAGCCUGUCGGAGCCGAAACUGCACAGACCGACGGAAAGCCCGCCAAAAAGCAGAGCAACAAGAAGAAGGAGAAGAAGGAGGAUGCUGCUUCUACUGCUUCCAAGGAAACCGCCGCCGCCGCAGUGGAAUCUCUGGCACCUCCUCCCGCGACAACUACGACGUUGACCCCGCUUCAGCAAGCAAUGCGGCAGAAACUGAUCUCUUCUCGUUUCCGUCACCUGAACGAAACACUUUACACAACUGAUUCCUCGACCGCGGUGGAGCUAUUCAAGAAGAAUCCGGAGCUAUUCGACGAGUAUCAUCUUGGGUUCUCACGCCAGGUGAAGGAGUCCUGGCCGUCCAACCCCGUCGACGCUUAUAUUCAAACCGUUCUUCGUCGUGGUGCUGUCAAUCCCCCCAAGAAAGGCAAGAAGCCCAACCCCAACCAGGCCUUGCCUUUGCCCCGUCGCCCCGAUGGAGGAUGCACAAUCGUCGACUUGGGCUGUGGUGAUGGCAAACUUGCCCGUACCCUCACCAAAGACGCCAAUAGAUUGAAGUUGAAGCUCCAUAGCUACGAUCUUCAGUCUCCUCACCCCGUUGUCACCCAGGCGGACAUCGCGAACUUGCCUGUGAAGGAGGGCAGCGUCGAUGUCGCGAUCUUCUGUCUCAGCCUCAUGGGAACCAACUGGGUUUCCUUCGUGGAGGAGGCAUGGCGUGUGCUGCGCGGUGACGGCAAGGGCGAAGUUUGGGUCAGUGAAGUCAAGUCCCGAUUCGGCAAGGUGGCUCGCAAGAAGUCGCAGAUUGGAGCUCAGAAGCCGCUUAGCAAGACGCAGCAAAAGAAGCAAAACAAGAACAAGAAGGCUGGAGACGACGAUUCCGACCUCGAUGACGCGGACAUCUUUGCCGAAGAUGCUCGUCCUACUGACAACGACGAGACUGAUAUAUCGGCCUUCAUCGAGGUGUUCCGAACCCGCGGCUUCGUUCUGCGUCCCGAGUCCGUCGACAAGUCGAACAAGAUGUUUGUCAAGAUGGAGUUUGUGAAGGCCGGUGGUGCUCCUACCAAAGGCAAGCAUGCCUCGGUUGCUCCCACCAAUGCUUUCAAAAAAGCCAAACCUGAUGUUGGCAUGACGUCUGAGCAGGAGGCUCAGGUUUUGAAGCCUUGCGUGUACAAGACCCGCUAG